AUGGCACUCAAACGCGAAGAGGCAAUGCACGAUUCGCGCGACGAAAGUGCGCAGAGCCGCUUUAUACCUGAUCUUGCCAGUCUGAAUGCCUUCGCUCAGGGCUACGAGCGGCUUCAACACGACAACGACCACCUCCGGAACGAGCUUGCUGAGCGCACCCAUACUCAUGAUCAAGCCGUCACCCAACUUCGGAAGGCAGUGGAGCAGCAGGGUGCCGACCAUGCUGCUACGCUCAAGGCGAUGGACGAGGAGAUGCAUAUACUGCGACGAGAUAAAGAGAGUCUGAGAGAAGGCAUCGAAGAUAUGAAGUUCCAGAUCACUCCAGUCAACGACGAGGUUACUAGACUGAGAGCAGACAAUGCGAGGCUUCGGCGUUGGUUGCUUAACAGCACCCGCGAGGUCAAACGCUUACAUGACAAGAUCAAAGAUUGCAACAAGAGCUUUGAGGGCUACAAAAAGCGAGUGAAGGCUUUGGCGAGCGAAGAUUAG